AUGGAAUCCUCGCAUCGCAUCGUCCCCGCGUCCUCGUCCAAGACCGCGUCCGUUCAGGACACGGUAAAUAGCUUUGGGUUGCACGACACGCUCAGAUAUGGUCCUAGAAGCCUUUCUGCGGAAGUGACAGCGAACGGAGGUACUAGAGAGAGGCUCGAGAACUGGGAGGCAACACAAGACAACCUGAAGCUCACGAUGCAGCGAGAGAUGUUUGGCUUGCACAUGCCGAUGCGACUGCUUAUGGAACGCAAGAUUGUCGCACAGAACUCCCACAUGCCCGCCCUUCCUCAGUCGAAUAUCCAUCUUGAUAUCUUGAUGGGACGUGACGAGACGUUGGACUGUGCGGACUUCAUGAUGCCAGCAUCGGAGCUAUCACAACCGUUGGACAUUCAUGCAGAGAUGGAGAAGAAGCUGCGCAUGUAG